CCUUCUUUCCUCUUGAACAUCCCAUUCCAUCGUAUGCCUCAAAGCCCGUCCACUCUAGGUUGUUCUCUACUGCAAAAAUGGCGCUUCAUUCAGCAGAUACUUCGAAGCUCAUCUUCGCCCCCGCGGGCCAUCAGGCAACGGGUCAAGCCGAGCAGUUUACCAAAGGAACUCUCGUCCGCUCACAGCUCAACCCAACAUCACCUAUCCCUCAAUUCCACGCAUGGUUCUCCCGUGCCCAAGAGAAUGAUUCUGGCGUAGAUCAUCCUGAAUCAUGCACUCUCUCGACAGCAUCUCUCCCCUCAGGCCGUAUCUCCUCUCGUACUGUGUAUCUAAAGGAGCUCGACAACCGCGGCUUCGUCAUCUACACUAACCUGGGCACGUCUCGCAAGGCAGCUGAUAUAGCGACCAACCCCCGUGCUGCGAUGUUGUUCUUCUGGGAAUCCCUACAGCGCCAAGUCCAUGUUGAAGGACGGGUGGAGAAGAUCUCCCGUGAAGAAAGUCAGACGUACUACGACACACGAGCUCGGGGAAGCAGAAUCGGUGCAUGGGCUAGUCGACAGAGUCAAGUACUUGAGCCACAAGGUGACGACGACGAUGGCCGCAAGCAGCUGGAAGGAUGGGUUAAAGAGGUCGAGAAGCGGUUUGAGGGGCAGGAGAAAAUCCCUGUUCCUGAGUUCUGGGGUGGGCUGAGGAUUAUCCCGGAUAGGAUCGAGUUCUGGCAGGGAAGGGAGAGUAGGCUUCACGACAGGUUCGUCUAUGAACGGGAGGGCGAGGGAGAGGAGUGGACAUUGAAGAGGCUGAGUCCUUGAGGAGAUGUAUUGGUGUCCUACAGAUACUCAAUCAUUCUCAACAUGUAGCCAGAUAUAGAAGCGAAAUGAUGAAUGAGCUCCUCGUUAGGAUAAUAGUCCAUAGACAAGGGGUGAUUGAGUAGCAUACAGCGAAUUCUAUUAUAGCUCUUCAUCUGCAACUCUCGUUCGACACAGUAAUUAACACCACAUAUCUUCAACAUACAAUCAAAACAACAAGCCGGCAUCAACUGCCGUAUCCAAGCAUAGUAUACUGACUUACAAAAACUGCAUCAUGAGUUUUUUCAUGCGGUGAACCCUGGAUAAGACAUCAACGUCAACAGGGUGGAUCCCCCCUGAGAAAUGCUGGCAUGAUAUCG